CUCGCGGCAGGUGCACCGAACCAAGUGCUGCGCCAACCUGCGCUCUGCUGGAUCAUCUCCUCUGUCGCAUCGCAAGUGUCGCAUAUUUCGCGGAUUUCCGUCAUCCCCGAGACGCGCGGUCUAUUUACAAUUGUCAUAAUUAUAACGGCUGUAAGGAAACGGGAAUUGCCGGUGUGCUCCGCGCGAGGACGAGGAGGAGGGAGUGAGGAACGAACCAACCGACGACCCUCUAUGUCGCUGUUAUCGAUAAGGCGUCCGAUAUCGUACCUCCUGUUACUACUUGUGAAACAGUGAUUUUACUUCGUUGUCACUACCGUCUUAAUAAUCCGAUCAUCGAGAGACACGUUUACGAGUCGGAGAAAAUUACCUCCGCGAUUCGCCGUCGUCAUCCUCGUUAUCAUCAUCACCAAUGCAUCUGUGUGAAACAGUGAACGAUAUAUUUUUUUUUAACCACCGCCCAUCCUGCCUGACCGCGCCACGUGCAGCGCAUGUCACAUGGGAUUUACGCCGGAGGACGACGACGCGUCGAGCUUAAUUAAAGGACCCACCGGCUAGGCCGGGUCCAUGAAUUAGCCAUCCUCAGACCCGGAACGCCGCCACCGUCGCCAAGCUAAUUAAGUGACAGUUCGAACCGUGGGAUAAGUCGACAGGUGCAUCGGCCAAGGUCGACGACGCUCCGGAAGGACGAACGUUGCCUUCAAGCCCUUUCUCCGUACGCCUCGAUCUCACCCUACGGCCUGAAGUGUCUCCUCUCUCUCUCUCUCUCUCUUUCUCUCUUUCUCUUUCUUUGUCUCUUUCUCUUUCUCUCUCUCUCCCCGUUUUAUCGCGACGAGUCCUAAUCGUCGUCGAAGGAAUCAAUCGAUCGAUCGUCGGAGAGAAAUCCCCCCUCCCUGCCUACCUCCAUCCCUUGUUUCAACGCUGAGGCUGCGGGUAAACAUUUGCAAACUGGACAUUUUGACGAACGUUACACCGGGACGAUCGGAGUGGCGAUGUCCGCGGGUCGUUGAGAGGAUGAGGGAGCUCGACACCGAGAGCCCCGUCGUCUGGCCGGCUUGGUGCUAUACUGGUGAGGUGGCGGGUGAGACCGUAUCCUCGGGUGGCGGUACUCGAGUUGGGGACCGCGGUGAAGCGGCCGAUCUAGCAACUCACACGGAGACGAACGACGGUGACACCCUGGCUGCUAACGCAGCGGUGGACGGCAGGGACGCCCGGGGCGGCAGCCCUCAGGGUGCGCACCUUUCUGGAGCCGCAACCCCCAGGCCGCCUCGAGGUCGCAGGCGGCAGAACCAAAACGGACUCGACACCGCUCAGGUAAAAACGGAGCGGCUAACACCCGACAAUAAUUCGACGUCGUCAAGGAGCGUGACCCCGCUGUCGCUGAGUCAUCCAGGUACGCCUCCUAAUGCGACGUCACUCGGGGGACCGGAAGGCCCCCAGCCUCCGCAUCAUCUCAAGCACAUGGAGCAGAUGAUGGGCAGAAACUACAGCGACUUCAUGAGGAGUCUCGCAGCGAAGUACAAUAACGCCCAUCCGAACGACUACUUCAGCACCCCGAGAAACGGGUUUACACCCGGUCUCGAUCCGAGGUUUCCGGCUUUCAAGGCCGGAUCAGCGCCAUUCGUGGGCCUCAUGGCACCCCUGGUCGCACCUCAGCCACAAACCGUCCCGACGACCUCACCUCUGUCGAAUAACGACGCGAAAGAGCAGAAGCAGGAAACAGUGUUCAACAAUCCAGUCUUUCCAGCGAUGCUCGAUAUGUCCUCGACGCAGGCCCUCAUCCACAUGGUCAGGACCGCCAACGCGGCGCAGAACGUGGCCGAGCUCGAGACUUACCUGAAGGGAGCUAACAAGAGGGACGCGGCUGUGACGAGUCCUCUCGAUCUCUCGAAUUCCGGGGGAUUCGCACCCCGUAAGAGACAGCGGACUGAAAUUAAGAGGCCGGAAAGCGUCUCGCCCAAGCCAAAACCAGCCCAACGUACCAGCACACCGCCACCCGUCAGGUGUCCAUCAUUGUGCGGUCACAUGCCUUGCGGCGAUGGUCAGUCCGUCAACAGGUGGUCCGUCGACGAUGUCGUCAACUACGUCUCGUCCAUCGAUAUAUGCUCCGAGUAUGCCCAGGUAAGAAUCCAUUACUGCUUAAUGCUUUGCGCCGCCAAUACCUCGACUGGCAGCCAACUUUCGGGAGCACCGAAUAGACGGCGCCGCGCUUCCGCUUCUCUCCGAGGACCACCUGACGGGUCCGAUGAGGAUGAAGUUGGGCCCGGCACUGAAGCUGCGGGCCCUUCUGGCCCGGAAACUCGGGGCCUGCACGGUUUGUCUGCACUGCGCCCACUGUCACCAGACCCCGCUUCCGGCGCUGAGCGCCGCGGCGGCCGCCGUGGCGACGACGCAGACACCCGGAAGGCGGCCGAGCAGUACCGGAAACUGACAAAUGGCGGCGGAGACUCCGGGGCCUGAGGUCGAUCUGAACCGAGCCCUGAGAAUAGAGCGCCGGGCUGCAAAGCCCGUACGAAAACCGGAAGUCGUCUUCAAGAAGCCGAUAAAGCAAUGACGUCGGCUCUCUUCGAACUCCGCGAUCCGGAGACUCCGCCAUUUUCAUUUUUUUUUACCCACAUCUUCACUUCGAGCAACCCCCGUCCUCCACACCGAGCGAGCGUACUUCAAAGCUACACGUAUCUGUCAAACUUCGAGUGAUAUAUUUAUUGAGGAGGAAAGUCAACGAUUACACAGAAAUGCAACGUGCGGAGGCCACAGGAGGACAUUAAUAUGUUACGUAUGUGAAUAUAGUUUAAAGUAUAUAUUUAAGGGACGAAGAAGAAAGUAUCGGAAGAAGUUGGAACACUGUAAGAGGGAAGAAAGAAAUAUCUAAAUUAACGGUACUAUUAUGUAUACCCAUGUGCAAUAACAAUAAUAUUUUGAUAUAUAUAAAUAUAUGAAUAUACAUAUAUAUGUAUAUUAUAUAUAGGCGAAGUAUAAAAUAAUAAUAAUGAGUGUGUAUGUAUAUAACUUUAUAGGAAAUACGUAUUUGCUCAAAUCGUUGUUUCUUUUUUUUUUAUAUUUUAACAAAGUUUUUAUAUAUCUAUAUAUAAAAAUAUAUAUAUAUAUUAAUGAAUAAUAAUUAUAAUAUACUAAAUUAUAUUUUUGCUAACAUUCUCUACGUGCAAAAUUUUUAAACAGACAUAUUGAGAAAACUUGCGAAUGAAAACCAAACUAGGCGCGCAAACAUGCACACACACUCACACGACGGACGGAAUCCAGUUACGUUGUAAAAAUCAUGAUCUCGUCUACGACUAUAGGCGAGCGCGCUAUGAUUGUAUGUAAGAUACAUGAAUAAUGGUAUCUAGCCGGAGCGGAUAAUGUACAUUAUUUGAAAAGUCUUUAUUUAUUCAGAGGAUAACCGUUGCCUUAUUGUAUUCAAAACUAAGUAAAGUGGAGAGGAAAAUUAGAACGCAUUAUAGAGUAAGAUAGUGGACACUUAGUAGUUACACGAUUACAUAGCCUUAAGGGACACAAGUAGCUUAUACAUGCAUGGAUCAUGUAAACGUAGACCCAGUUUAUUAUUCGAGCAGUAUUUUUAGAUUUAUACCUUCAGCUGAAUUUACUGCAUAUUGAGAAUAAUUUUUAUUUUAUUUUUUUGUUGUUAUCGACGCCACACUUAUGGCUCCAAUUCGAUUCGGUAAAUACAUUUACUAAAGUAUCCCGCUGUACAAACAAAACUAUAUAUAAUUUCCUUUUUUGUCUGUAUAUAACUGGCACUGGUUAUAUUCAUUUUAACAAUUACUAUCCUUUAACUAUCAAAAUCAAUAUAGGAUGAAAUUAACGAGAAACAUGUAUGGUGAGGUUGAAAUGAAACGAGUGAGCUGUACAGUAAAUUUCUACAAUGAAUAGAGUUUGCAAUACGGACGUGAAGGAAAAAAUAAAAUUUUUGAUAACACUAACUUUAUUUAUUCUAUACGAAAAGUGUAAUCGAGUUUGAAUUAUUAGUCCCUAAUGAAUAUUUUUGAUAUCGUUGUGUGAACAAACUUGUGUAAUAGAGAAAUGAAAAUUAUAGACGACUGUAUACUAUAAUAUAAAUCAGCGGCCUUUACUUAAUUCUUACAUAACGAAUAGACGCAUACAUACAUGUACAUAUUGCUUAAGCAUUUAUUUAUAUACCAUGCUUAUAACUGUAGUAUUUUAUUUAGUCAUUAAUACAAGAUACAUCUUACGUUAUGUCAAUUUUGUGAUACUACUCUGACUUCUUCAACGGUUCACAUUUACUAUUUCCCAAUCCCUACAACUCUGACAGUGUACCUAUGAGUGUUGAUCGUUACGAUGAGACAAUCUGUCAUUAUUAUGUAAAAUAGAAAUUACUGGUGAAGAGGUAACAGUGCAUUGUUUCUGUUGAAAUAAACUUGUUGGAGACAAAAUGUAA